GAGUGAACAAUAUGUAUAAUAAUAGAAUUAAACGAAUAAAAUUAAAUGACCAAUGAUAGACGUAAAAAAUUAAUUAAUGCAUUUAAUUUAGACUUCGAAUAGAUCGAAAAUGAAAUUAUUUUGUAAAGAAUCAUGGAAAAUAAAUUUCGCCGUACCUAGGUUAGUUAUACCAGAUUUCAUAUUUGUAUUCCAAUCCCUAUCAUUUUUAAUUAACAAAUUUUGCAAUGUAAAUAUUUCAGUUGCUUCUGCUAUGUAAAUAAACGGGAGGUAUUUUUUAAGCAGAUUAAUUCGACGGUUGUUGAGAUGGUGAAAAUCAAUCUAUGGUCGGUCCUGAUAAAACGAGAUUGAAACUGCUAUGUUUAACCGUAUCGCGGUUUGCUAAUUAAACGAGCGCAAACAAAUGCCUUUACACUUCUCUGACCUAUUACGAUGGAUCAAGGAUUUCCAGCACAACAUACCACAACGACGACGGUAACGACCACUUCUACUACAACAUUGACAAGUAUUCGAUUCGACCCAUCUUACAUAAAAACAUUACCUGGAAUGCUCAAAGUCGCACAGGUGGUCUUGAAUCUUUUAGGUUUCAUAUGCAUUACGGUAACGAGUCAUAGCAAUUUUAGUCGCGGAGCAUGGUUUAACACUGUGGCCAUGGGUGGCUUUUGGUUCACAGGAAUAUUACUCGUUUUCUACUUAUUCCAUAUCGUUGAAAAAUUUUCGAAAAUUCCUUGGCUAAAAAUAGAACUUACAUUUUGCGUAGUUUGGACUAUUUUCUAUAUGCUGGCCGCUUCUCUUGCAGCUGGUCAUGCUAAAUAUAUAGAAGCUUUUGGUGCUGCAGCAUUCUUUGGAUUCUGCGCCAUGGUAACUUACGGUUAUGAUGCCUGGCUCAAGUUCCAAGCCUCAAGAAGCGGUGCCUUAGCGCAGGGACAGCAUACACCAAAACAAGUAUCUACGGUAGCGAGUCCUGCGUACUAGUUUCAUCACAAAAAAUGCGUGACGUUUAGAAGAAUUACACAAAUGGACCAGUUUCAAAACAUAUCUUUGUUUUUAUAGAGGGAAUUUGUUCUAGUAACUCUUAUUCGUGCUUUCGUACGUUCUUCAUUUUAACAGUUGAAUGUGAAAUGUUAACAAAACAAUAACAGGCCACAACAGAUUUGAAAUUUUCAUUGAUUUCUCUAUCUUUUCUCUACAGAGCCAAUGUAUUCGCUUACACACGGAAGCACGAUAUUCGAUGAUUUCAUAUUUUUGUGUUAUAAGGGAAAGAUAUACAUACUAUUAUAAAUAUAACGCGUAUUUUUGAAUCUCUUAUAUAUACAUAUACGGUAACUGUACAUUAUUUUGUGAAUUUUUAAAGUCUGUUAAUAUUAAAAGUAAAUAUUUUUAACAGUUAUUAUAUACAUAUACAUAUAUUUGUAUACAUGUACAAGAAAUAUAUGUUUAAUCAGUAUUGUGUUCAUACUAUAAACAAAUUGUUGAUAUAUUUGUACUCAUUUUAUAUUUAAUUUCAUACGAAUAGCAAUUCCAUCGCAUUCCUGAUUAGAAUACCAAAUGGGCGGAUGGUUAUAUUAAUUUAUUUAUGAUUACUCGCGAGAAGAUAAUGUUAGACUGUAUUGUAUAACAAACCAUAUUACUUUCGCCAUCUUCACUUAUUAUUAUGUAUAUUGUAUGAAAAAUCAUAUACCGGUAAAAGUUAGGGAUGGAAGAAUUGCUUAUGUAAUUUAUAUGCAUGCUCUGAUAAUAUUACGCAGCGUGUUACAUGUAUUUUGUUAUUUUUAUUCGACGAACUCGAUACAGGUACCUACAUUUAUAUGUACACGAUGUAGAAAUACAUACUAACUAAUUCUAAUUACAAAUUUCAAACACAAAGAACACACGAUGACAAUGGUCACGACAAAACUUGUAUUGUAUUACUUGAUCGAUGCUUUACGAAAUAAACGAUCUAGUGUUACUUUAA